AUGGAGAAAAUGGAGGCCGCGCAAGAAGGGACGCAGAAGCGACCCGAUGCUGCAGAGAUGUCGCCUGUCGAGCGGGGGGGCAGCGGAAACGAAACGCGCGUCGCGCGUGUUUCGCCGUCGUGUACGUGGGGUGUGGGGGGGAGCGCGCCGGAGCAGCCGCAAGAGGAAGGCGCAGGGGAAGUGGAGACUGUGGGAGGCCGCGAAGGCGGAGAGGGCGCACUGGAAGCCGUCGAUUCAAACGGAGGGUUCGAAGAGGACAUGCGCGAGGCGCUCGCCGAGGAAGUUUCGCGCAAGGCUGAGAACCAGACGUCCUCGGAGAAUCUUGAGGAAGAGAAACGCACGACUUCGAUGGCUCCGGUGACAACUGGAGACCAAGAAACGUCGGACGGAUUGCUUCCCGGCGCCUCGCCAUUUUCUUCGCCCUCUGAAUCUCCCGCCUCGUCUCCGUCGGCAUCGUCAUCCCUGCCGCAAGUCUCGCGCGACUCAGGCUCCGGCGAAGCAGCCCCUUCGGACUCGCCCGUGGCUCCACCCUCUCCUCUUGUCUCUUUGUCGUCCGCGGAGCGCGUCCCCGCGCCCGCGUCUGCGUCGGGGGCCCCUUUCGGCUUUUUCUCUGCCUCCCCAGGGUCUGCCCUCCCCCCGCUUCUCUCUGCGCCGUCCUGUCCCUGUGCGGCGUCCUCGAACCCUGAACCCCGGUCUUUUCCCCCCCAGUCUUCGCCUGCCGCUGGCGUCGUAGACCUCGCGGGCUCUCUACCUGGGCACGCCGCAUGCCCUCCGGCCGACGCAGCGCCCGCGUCCUCGCUUCCGCACGCGACCGCGUCUCUUCCGUGUUUUUCGGCCUCUGUCCUAUCUGAUGCCGCCUCGCCGUGCGAGAUGUCUUCGUCUGCGUCGGCACUCUGCUUGUCUUCUUCGCCCGGGCGGUCGUCUUCGGACGCGCCUGCCUCGCCUCCCGCCUUGACGCUGCCUGACCCUUCUCUUCUUCGUCCCGCGCGUCCUCCGCCGGCUGGCCUUGCGUCUUGCGCGGGGCUUGUCGACGCCUUCGGCCUUUGUCAUCCGCGGCGUGCGCUCACGCCGGAUCUGAGCGCGGAGGAGUCGCCCGCCGGGACCCGAACGCUUUCGCGCAACGCCGACGCCGCGAGUGCGUGGAUUCGAGAGACUGCCGGCGCGGACGCGUCUGCCUUCCGCGCUCCGCAUUUGCUGUCCUGUACGUCAGAGAGCGACGGCGGCGAGCCUGAGGCUGCGCCCUCUGCAGAUGGGGUGGAUGCCUCCGCGGAGGUACGCGGUGCUCCGCGGCGGUCUGCCUCUGCGGCCGGUGGGGACGCAGAAGACACGAUAGAGAGAAUCUCGCUCGAAGAUGACGCGGCUGGGGGCGAGGCAAAAAAUCAAGGGGCAAGUAGCCAGGGCGACGACGGGGAUGAAGGCGCAGGCGAGGAGGACGCUCUGGGCGAGGCCUGCAGACCGGGGUUCAACGAUGCGGGGAAGGCAGAGCAGGAGGACACAGAAGUCGACUGUAGAGAGAAGAGAAACGACGCAACCAUGAGUGAGCAGAAACGCCAGCUCGAGGCCAUCGACGAUGAACACGGAGGUCAGCUUGUUUCCCGCGCGGACCACGUGCUCGCGCCUGCCGCGGAACCUCCUCCUGCACUGUCGUCUGCGGUCGCUGUCGCUCUCUCGACGCCUCACACGCCUUCUUCGCCUCCUGCGCCUGGUGGGAGCUCGGCUUUCCGGCCGCUGCGCCGAGCAGGGACUUCGCUGUCUGCGGCUCUGGAUCAGUCAAGGCCUGCGGCCGACGGGUCUGUGGUACCCGCGGGCGCAGGGCGGUGGGGACUGUCUCCUCCGGGGCCCUCGCGCCGGCGGGUCUCCUCGCCGUCGCCCAGUGGCCGCGAGCCGCUGAGCGCCCACGAACAAGCUCUCGAAGCGGAGCUGGUGCAGCUUCUUCACGCGCUUCGAGAAAACGCUCAACGCGGAGGCAGGCGCCCGACGGAGAGCGAGGCGGCGGAAAGCGACGCAGGCGAGUCGAGCGCCGCGAACCAAUCCGAGGAGGCGCAGAAGGACUCGGCGCACGCAGCGGAAGGCGACUCGCGCGAGACCUCCGCUGGAGCCUCAGGCAAGGACCGCGACUGGGGGAGAAAACAGGAGGUGGAAGAAGAAGCGCAGCGCGUCCAGAGAGAGAAGGAUAGUCUCGUGGCAAAGAUCCGUCAGAUUGUUCUCAGCAUGGAAGUGGGGCUGCCGAUGGAUUUGCGCGGAGCCACGUGGAAAGCACUUCUCGGGGUCGCGGACGAGCCCGGCGACUCCGCUCUUGCCCAGGCAGUCAAGGAGACAGCCCUCGACGAGCCCAACCAGCGCGUGAUUCGAAGCGACGUCGAGCGCACGCGGGCGUCGCUGGCCUUCUACCGCGACGCAGGCUGCCGCGCCUGGAUGGAAAAGCUCCUCACUUGCUAUUGCAAGGCGUCAGGGAUUAAGUACAAGCAGGGUUUGAACGAGCUUCUCGCACCUUUUCUCUAUUUGAAGGGCCGCGAGGGCUUUACGGUCGCCGACGUCUUCAAGUGCUUUCGAGUCUUCGCGGGGCGCUUUCUGUCCGCGAUGUUUUCUGACGACGAGUUCACUACUCUCCAGUGUUCCUUUCACCUGUUCAAGCAUCUCCUCUCUUACCACGACCCUGCGCUCGCGGAUUUCCUAGAGGUUCACUUCGUGACGCCCGAGCUGUACGUGACGCCGUGGUUUCUCACGCUCUUUUCUUCCAAGAUGAGUUUGCUCGUUCUCUUCGCGCUGUGGGACAAAUACAUCGCGGAGGACGACCAGUACUUCUUCCCCUUCAUUGCGCUCGCCCUCCUCAUCAGCUUCCGCAGCGAGAUCCGUCGCACCGAAGUCUCCCAGCUGCCGGAGACGCUGUCUAAGAUCACCAUUCACUCAGUCGAGCAACUCAGACAUCUGUGGGGGCUCGCCAAGGAGCUGAAGGCGCAAACGCCAAUGAGCUUUUCCGAACGCCUCUUCGCCGCGCAGCAAGGCACGCUCACGAGUGCAAGCCCUCAGCCUCUCCAGCAGCUCGAAGCGGAGUCCGCGUUCUUCACCUUCCCCCAGGAAGUUCUCAACCAUGCCUACGGCCUGACCGGUCGUCCUGUCGGCGCGCCCCCGCGGUAUUCGGGCUCGUGGCCCCCGUCUGGACCUUUCGCAGAGUCUCGGAUUUCGUGCUCAAAGCCUCAAACCGCGGCUCUGUUUGGAUCGGCGUCUCCUGCGUCCGCGUCAUCCCUGGCGCCUGAGCUCCUCUCGGCGCGCUCUGCGUCUCCAGUCUCCCUUGUCUCGCCGUCUCCCCCGCCCUGCGCGUCUCCCUCUCCUGUCUCUUUCUCGCCUUCUUCUUCCUCCGCUGCGGCCGAGGCCGCGCGCAGUCUGGUCGCUCCGGCGUCCCGCGCGCCGCCUGAGUGGAAGAUGCUGUUGCUGGAUUUGCGGCCUGUCUGGAGCUUCGAGGCGGGUCGCCUCCCGCCGGCGAUCCACGUCGCUUUGCUGGGCGACUGGCGCUGGACACUCUCGGCUCUUCUGGGCGUCUACGACCCCCACGGACAGCACGAAGAUGCCUCUGCGCGCGCCGCCUCCUCGCCCUCUGCCCUGCUCCUCCCUGCGGGGCUUCGCCACCUCGCGGGGGGUUUCCGCUCCACCUCCUCCCGCCACGUCUCCAAGGCGAAGGCCUCGUCCUCCGGCGCGGCGGCCGCGGCCGCCUCGCCGCCCCUCUCCUCCCACGCCUUCGCCACCGCGGGCUCGCCAGCGAGCGACGCCUCGCUCUCUGCCGCCGUUUCUCCGUCGUCGUCUUCUUCGUCCUUCUCCGCCGCGGUGUCUUCCGCGCCGGCGCGGGGCUCGCUCGAUGAGCGCGCUUCCCGCCAAAGUUCGCGUCGCGCGGCGGCCUCGGCAGGCGAAGGCCUUGUCGCGGAGACGUCGGGAGGCGCGCGCCUCAAGCGGGCGGACGCAAGCGAAGAGAAAGGAAACUCGAGGAGGGGGAGUGGCAAGGAGUGCGCAGACGCGAGCUCAGCGUCCUCUGCCACGGCGCAGCCCUCUCUGUUUCUUCCGGCGUCAGCCCAGGAGGACGCGCGGCGUCGGGGCGCGCAAGCCGUCGCGUCCCUUGUGGACAAGUACCUCGAUAGACACGUCGGCGAGGCUUCUUUGCCCCGUGUUGCUGCUUCGCAUCUGGCGUGCGGAGACAGGCUGAGCGCGGCGCCCGCAGAAGAGACAGCAGAAAUCGGGGAUGGAGAAGACGCGAGAGACACGGAAGAUGGCGACGACGAGGGACUUGCGCUUAUCUCUCGCGGCCACCAUUCGGGCUCUUCGAAAUUCGGGAAGAGCGGCAAAGGCGCCUCGCGCCUCUUUCGCACCUUUCGGCGGAGGCCGCACCCCCACGCCUCGUCGUCGUCGUGCGCUGCAUCUUCCGCUGGCGGCGGAUGGCCUGAGCAGAGAAGCGAGCGCGCGGCGAAAGGCGAAGGGCAACGCAGCGACCCUCGCGAGGACGGCAGUUUCGAAGCGGAGAAGGCGAGAGAAGGCGGUAUCAGCAGGAACGUCUCCGCGUCGUCGCUGUCUUCCUUCUCCUCGUGUGACGCGCUGGGACCCUGUGGGAAAUCGGGAACGCGGAUGAGGUCUUUUCCCGCCUCCAAAGGCCGCGCGCGGGGGAGCUCCGGCGUGACACAUUCGCGCUCGUCUUCACGGGAGAACGCAGCGCGAAAUGAAGCGGCAAGGGACAGCGAGCGGACAGGUCCCGCAGGACGGGUUGCGGACUCGAAGUCCGCGGCCGCUCGCCCGCAGAAGAGUCUCUGGUCCGCCAGCGUUUCGCAUCCUGUCUCGUGUGCGGACUCCAGCGGGGAGACGCCUGCGACGAGUGAAGGCGAAACCGACCAAGACGAGCUUGCCGGCGUGUUUUCUGACGGCUCGUAUUUUUAUCGCUUGUGCGUCGACGGGAGGACGCGGAAACACAGAUUCUGCUCUGUCACUGAGGCGGGGAAGGGCGCGUUUUUUCCGCACUCUACGCCUCUCCCGAGUCGCCCCGCGCCUCCGCAGCUCCCUUCAGAGACUGCAUACCCUGGGGGGCAUGCAGUCCGCAAGGCCGUCCCCGUCCAGCUGUCUCCGCCCGCGGCGGAGCCCGACCACCGGCGGGCGGAGGCCGACGGAGACAUCUCCGUCGCGGCGCCCCGCAAGGCGCGGCGCGGGGGGUGGGCAUUCCGGCGGAGUGCCGCAGCACGCGACGCCGAGAAGGCGAAGGGCCGCAGGUCGGAGCGGAGAGGCAGCGAAGAGCGGAAAGGCGGGCAGAGUGCGGCCUCUCAUUCCUCCACCGCGAACGCAGAAUGCGAAGGGCCUGAAGGCGACACCAGAACUGCGGACGUCGCGAAGAAGGAAGCGCCGGAAGCCGAGGGAGGUCCCAGCCGCAUGCACGGAGACGAAGAAGCUGUCGGGGGAGACGAGGACUGGACGCCGGUGGAAAUCGCAGAGGCCAAGGCUGAACGCCGCCGCAGAGGCGAAAGGAGCAGGCAUCUGUUUCGGCUCUUCUCGCCGCGCGUCGCGUCCGCGCGGGAUAGCCGCGCUGCUGGGGCUGCCCCGGAGACUCUGGCGGACGCGCAGGGGACGCUGCGACUCGUUCAUCCUUCGAGCACCGCCGAGCCGCGCAAGAGUCCGAGGCCACUGCGCGUCCGCCGAAGUCGCCGAGGUCGCCUGCUCCGCUUGCCGCCAGUGUGCGGCACUGAGCCGCAUGCAGGAGCGGUCAGUGGGCUUGCACGCGCCGCUGGAGAGGGCGCGCCGGCGCGUCGAGUGGCUUCCUCCUCGGGGCGGCCGGCGUUGGGUGAGGAGGACGUGCAGGCUGCCGCGCUCAGAAACUGCCUCUCUGAGGGCGAGAGCCCCCUGUCCUCAGUCAGACGCAGAAGUCGAGGCAACCCCGCUUCUGCACCUUCGUUGCUCCCCUCUUCCUCUCUCUGCCCUUUGUCACUUCCUUCCUCGGCGCCUCCUUCGCCUUCGCUCGAGGCGUUGCCUCUCCCGUCUGCGCCCUCUGCAGUGUCGUUCGCGGGGCGCGCGGACCCUCAGGGGCCUGCGCGAGCCCGAGGCGAGGACGGCGGCGGCGGAAAAGGCCUCAGGUCGACCUCGAUACGGAGCCCGGCACCUGCCAGCUCGCUCCGCCGCGGCGAGGCGCCUGGGCCGCUGCUUCCCUGCGAAGACCGCGCAGAGGGACUCGGCGAGGGCGGGGCUCAAGCGGGGGCCCGCGGGCGUCUCGCGACGGCAAGGGGCGACGAGACUGGAGCGCCCCUGGCGCUAGCCCCCUCGCCAGCCACCUACGGCAUCAGCGUCUGCUCGGAAGCAGCGGGGAAGCCGGAAGAAGUCUCAAGCGCGUGUGCGGCUGUUCCGGUGGACGACAGACAGGCCGCGCAGAGGCGAACCUCCAGUGGAGACGCGAAGGCCGAAGGGGCGACAAAAGGCACCGCCUCGGAGCAAGACCAAGACGCCGUGACGGCCGAGGCCUCGUCUGCUUCUUCCUCCUCCUCGUCGCGGCUCUCUGCGGGAGAGAGGGACAGCCACAGCCCGUCGACAGCUUUGUUUCUGGCUUCGCUGCUCGGGGGCAGAGCCGGGACGGGCGCCGCGGCGCCGCAGUUCUACAGCAGGGCGCUUUCGCUGCAAGAGAACGAGAAGUCCUUCAAGGAAGAGCGAGUUCAAGUUCCGACGCACCACGCCUGCCUCAUCACUUCCGAUGAAACCAACGACGAGGACGCCCUCGAGGUCUACCGCGUGCUCACGCAGGAAAUGGCUGUCCGCUGGGUCAGCAUCGUGAAGGGCGGCUACCGCGCCUGCCACGACUUGGCGCUCCGCGAGGGACUGGAGCUCGUCGACCACGACCUCGCGGCAUGUCCUCUCUGCGCCGGGGCGACCGCGGCGGAGGACGGCGAGCGCCAGCGGAAUCAGCGCGAGUCUCACGUCCUUAGCCGUCAUUUGUCCUCGCCAUCCGUCCACCUCGCCGGGGCGUCGCCGCCGGGCUCGUCGUCGCGGAAAUCUUCUCACGCGCUGCCGCUCCACGGCACCGGCGGCCCCUCCGAGCGCAGUCGCAGCGCGGCCUCGAGCCAACUCAGACCGCCUGCGGAGAAGGACGCGACCUUCAAGCGGGCUGGCUCUUCGUUCGCCUCCUUCCUCCCCCUCAGGGGCCUCUCAGCUUCGCCGCGCGCAGUCUCGCCUACGCCGCACCUCCUGCAGGAACCGGCGAGGCAGGAGAGCCUCGGAAAAGACGGGGGAGACGCCCAGGGCGCGACCGCGGCCGCGGGAGGGCCCGGACACGCCGCCAGCCAGCCCUCGCCGCGCCCAGGCUCGCGGACUCAUCGGGGCGUGGCGCCGGUUUUCAACGACGCGCAGUCCGCGGCUUCAGGGCUCCGCGAGCCACGGCGCGGAGGGCCGCGCCCGGGGGGGGGGGCGGCCGGCCUGUCUCCUCUCACGACCGAGCCGCGGAGACACCACUCUCACGGCGAAGCCGACAAGUUCCCCGCGUGCCUUGGGUCGCCAGGGUCCUUCGCCGAGGCCGGGAGCGGCGGGGCAGGGUGCGUCUGCCCCUACCAUCCCGAAGGGACUCCGGUCUCCGCGUUCUGCGCCGGGGGGGGGGCGCCGGGGACAGGGUCUCCAGGCGCGUUGGGGCCGUCUGCUGGGCACAGAGGAGGCGUGUGGCUGAGCCCGUAUCCUCCUCUCUCUGCGUCACGCGCCGCCAGAGGCGGCUCGUCGCGGCACAUCCCGUCGGCGCCCUGCGGCCAGGCAGUGCUCAUGUUUCCUUCCUCCUGUCCGCAGUGUCGCUGUGCGUUGCCUCAGUCUGUUGUCUUCCCACCGUGUGCGCCAGCGUUCGUCUCGCUCGCGAGCUUUCCGCGCUCCAGCUCCCUGCCCUCGGAAGCGCUGCCCCCCUCCCUGGCGUCGUCAGGCGAGGCACACGCGAGCGCUGGCGGCAAGCGAUCCAGCAGGCCGCCGUUUCUCGGCCCCGCGCCCUCGUUGUCGGCGUACCCUGCCACACAGUCUCCCUCGCCCUCCGUCGGCGCGUGCUGCGCGAGCUGCGGCGUCGCAGUUCCGCCCUGCUGCUUCGUCGACCCCACAGCGCCUUCUCAGGAAGGCGGCGGCCCUCUCGGCUUCUCGCGCGCGAACCAAGGAGGCGCAGAGGGGCGCGCCCAGCCUACGGCCGGUGGGGGGCAGGAGCCUUCGCCUCUCUCCGCGCGGCUGGCGGUGAGGCCCGGAGCUGCGGUUUCCGUCCUGCAUGCGGCUCCGCUCAGCGGACCAGACGGAGGGGGCGAGAACGGAGGCCGCGGCGCGACUGUGGGCCCCGCGGCGCUGCCGGCGAGGAGCAGCACGCUCGCGCACAUUCCCGCGCUGCCUGUCAGUCUGUAUCUCCUCAACUGGAGAGACCUAGUCACGUCCGAGUUCACUGAACAGCUGCGCUGCUUCCACUGCUACAUCGAAGGCGUCUUCCAGCCGUCGCUCGACCUCGUCCUCGACGCCCGCGAGGCCGCCUGGGCCGCUGAGGUGCGCAGGCGCGCGCGGGAGACAGCCGAACGCCGGCGGAGGCUUCUCCCGCCGGUCGAAGGCCGCGCCAACGCGCAGGGGCGCGGGCAGGAGGGCGAGCAGGUGAGCUGCGCGCCGAGCUGCGCGCCGAGCGCCGAGAAGGCAGACGCGGCGAGUGGACGCGAGGAGGAGGGGGAGGAGGAAGAGGCGCCCGCGGAGGAGAAAGAGUACUUUUUUUGUUCCAUUGCGCCUGUGGUGCUUUCGCCUCCCGAGUCGCCGGCGAAAGCGUCCGCGAAGGCGCGUCACCGGUCGACCGCGUCUUCGCUCGAAAGCACUUCGUCUCAGGCGAUGGCGCCCGCCUCGGGUCGCUCGCAGCGGGUGAGAUCCACGCCUCCGCUGGUCGAGACACCCGAGGCUGUGGCGGCGCCUUCCGCGCCGAAGAAGAGCCGAAGGAGUUUCCUUGGUGUUUUCCAGGCGUCUUCGGCGGAGGCGACCCCGUUGCCGUCCUGCCCUUCGCUCGCGCCCUCGCAGCAAGCUGCGUCGCACGCUGCUACGGAGGCGGCUUUCCCGGGCGCGUCUGCGCGCCUUCUCUGCCGGUCGCUUUCGGGCUCCGUCGCGGGUCAGUUCGUCUCCGCGGGCCUGGGCGAGGGCUUUCAGCACCUGCGCUGCUGGGAGAUGAAUCGGCCCUCCCUGGAGGCCUGCCGAAUCCUCGUCACGCCGCGGCGACUCCUCCUGGUCAGUGCGCCGGAGCCGAUGUCGGUCCGACGCGGCAGGAUCGUAGGCAGAGUCGCAGACGCCGCCGAAGGCGACGAGCUGGGCGCAGACGCCGCAGAGGCGAGCGCCGAGGAUCCAGUGGGCGGCGCAGAGCGCGAGGAAGCCGAGACGGUUGACGGGCGGCCGGGACACGGAGACAGGGAGGAGACGGGCGGCGCAGCGGAAGAAGAGGAAGAGGCGGAAGAUGGGACAGGCGAUGUCCAGGUGUGCCGUGUCGUGAGCGGCGCAGAGGAGGCGAAGGGUUCUGAGGGUGCUCGAGCGGAGAGUCAGGGCAGUGCGGGAGAGGACGAAGGCGAACGCGACGAAGCGGCUGAGGAGAAUACACCGGCGUUUCUGGGAUUCGUCGUCGGCGGGUCGCGUCUGAUUGAAGGCCGCGAAGUCGAGCGCUUCUGCGGCCUCCUUCCGGAUGUCAGCGGCGAGGAGGGCCUCGGCGCCGAGGCGCAGGGACAGGGUCGCGGCUGGAAGGCCUCCGGCGAUGAGAAAGAAUGCCUUUUCGCGGACGAGGCGCGAGAAGACAUUCCGCACAUGGUGGAGGUCGUCAAGGUCUACGCCUCGUUCGAACUCGCAGAAAUCCUCAAAAUUACCAGUAAAAAGAACAACUCGAAGCUUCUCUGUUUCUACUUCAAUGCGAACAAGACGCAGCCGCUGAUGGUCCUGAGGUUCGAAAGCGCCCCGGCCGCCCAUGACUGCAUCGACCACGUCCGAGGUCUCUACCGCCAGCUGAAGACGCAGCAGAGACAACCUCAGCAGACGGUUGCGGCCGCCACGAAGUUGCAUACACAUGCAUAUAUAUAUAUAUAUAUAUAUAUAUAUAUAUAUAUAUAUAUAUAUAUAUAUAUAUAUAUAUAUAUAUGCGUAUUCACCUAUAUAUGUGUGUUUUUGUGUGUUGAGAGCUACCUGUGCGAGGAUUUCAUGGGUGUGGGCUGUGUGCAGAGCUUUUUAGCAGUUACUGAGAUUGUUUUAAGCGGCGCGGGCCGCAGCAGUGCGCUGUAG